GCUCGAGAAGUAUUCUAUAAGAUCCAAUGAAAUAUGCGAGCCACUAGCCCUGUAAAAACCAUUUCAUUACAGUCGCUGCUCACCAACACAUUCGCAUCGUCCAGGCAAUAACAUUUGACCAAUCUUACAAUUCUACAACCACCUACAGGCUCUGUUUUCACUAUGCCUCCUUACCAUAUCUCGCCCCCCAUAAACUGCGAUAUCGACUUCAACGAAGAUCAAAUUGCUGGAAAAGUUGCCAUAAUCACCGGAGGUGCAAGUGGUAUUGGGGAGGCUUAUGUACGGGCCCUACACAGCUCAGGAGCCAAGGUCGUAAUCGGCGAUAAAAAUGCUAUCACUGCGGGGAAGCUCACUUCAGAGUUGACAGGCUCAAAGUUCGUUCAAUGCGACGCAACCGUUUGGGAAGAUCAAGUUCGUUUGUUCAAGGAGGCUGCUCAAGUGUCCCCUUCUGGGAGGAUUCACUAUGUCAUAGCCAACGCAGGGACGACAAAAGAAGACCAGACUUUCACUUUUGACGGUAAAGACCAAGAACCGCAAAAGCCAGACUUGCAGGUAAUCGAUGUGAAUCUGAAGGGGGCCCUUUAUACAUCGAAGCUGGCCAUGCACUAUUUUGUGUCCCAGAAUGGCACCGAAGUCAAUAAGGACCAAGAAGAUACCUGCUUGAUCCUCAUCAGUUCAGGCGCCGGUUUCCUGGAUGUUCCCAGAUCUCCAGAGUACAGCAGUACGAAGUGGGCGGUCCGCGGAAUAAUGCAUGCUCUAAGAAGAACAGCAUUUUACUAUGGAAGCCGAGUCAAUGUUAUUGCACCAUGGUACAUCCGCACGGGUAUUCUCUCCAAAGACCAAUUCGACCAAGUUGAGAAAUCAGGCGUCGAGCUCGCAACGGCUGAAGAUGCUGGUGAAUGCGCGCUGAGGAUCCUGUCUGAUACCAGUAUUAAUGGAAGGACGCUGUUCGUCUGUGCGCGGAAAUGGGCUCCUCGUGGAUACAUGGAUCUUAAUAUUGAGGAUUACCCUGAAGGGUUGAUCCAGGAGAUACAAGAGGAUCAAAUGCGCAACGCACCAGUUGAUCUUGGGCUGUUCCCAUAGAAGCUUGUUUUACUUGUAUCAGGACAUUGAGAAAGCCCAAGUUUUAUGAUAACUCUGGUUUGGUAUACACGCAACUGGC